CCAAAAUGGGGCCAUAUGGACACUAAACACCUGGUCUCCUGUCAUUGGCCCAUGCAGGACUGCUUCACAGUGGAAGGGGAGGACCUGAAGCACGACUUUGAGAGACUGCAGCUGGCCAUGGAGAUGGUGGGAUUCCUGCCAGCCACGCGCAAACAGAUCUUUUCUCUGUUGUCGGCCAUUCUUCACCUGGGGAACAUCCGCUACAAGAAGAAGACCUACCGAGAUGACUCCAUUGACAUCUGCAAUCCAGAAGUCCUACCUACUGUCUCAGAACUGUUAGAGGUCAAGGAGGAGAUGCUAUUUGAAGCCCUGACGACGAGGAAGACCAUGACAGUGGGAGAGAGGCUGAUCGUGCCCUACAAACUGGCUGAGGUGAGACCAAGUCAACAGCACAAACCUGAAACUCAUCCCAAACAUUCUCAACCCUUAUUGCAACGAAGAGGCACGGUCAAAUACUCCACCUUACCUCAAGACGUACCAUUCYUCAACCCAAUYGCAAAGUAUUCUUGA